ACCACUUCCGGCAACAACCUGGCGGCUCCUCCUGACGUCACCGGAUGCGCCGCUCCCAGCAGGCCCGGCGCGGUUACCACGGCAACGAGGACGCUGCAGCCGGAUCAAAACGAAGAUCAGGGGCAACAUGUCAUCGAAAGGGACGUCGGCCGCUUCUCGGAAGAAGGGAAAAGUCAGCAAAGCAGAAAAACUGCGACUGCAGAAGGAGGAAGAGGAGAGGAGGGAGAGAGAGGAAGAAGAAGCUCGCCUCCUCGCUGAGCAGAUCGAAGCGGCGCGGCUGGAGAAGGAGCGACUGGAACGGGAAGAGCUGGAACGUCUGGAGGCCAAGCAACUGGAGCAUCGCGAGGAGGAGCUGGGGGAGAUCCGAGCGCUGGUGGACGAGAAGCUGGAGGCCGCGGCCCGGUGGAGGAAGGAUCUGCGGAUACGAGCCAAGUGGGACCGCUACAUGCUGUGUGACGGGAGCCCCGAUCCCACAAUCCCCCAGGAGAUCAACACGUUCAUGAGUCUGUGGAGCGAGGAGGCCGACCAGGAUUUCCAGUCCGUGCUCAACAAAAGCCGCCUGGUCCUGAGUCUGAUCGAGGAGUUGGAGUUCCUCCUCCAUGACACCCCGCCGGAGGAGCUGGGAGAGGCGGAGGCCGCGCAGUACACACAGACCGUCCGCCAGCUCCAGACCCUGCUACAGCGCAAAUUCGAUGACGCCACCGAGCACCUCCUGAAGAAUGCGGCGGCGCUGUCAGACAUCGACACGGGAAACAUGCAGAAAGUCAUAAAAAAUCAAAACGUUACCCUGUGCAUAUGGGCGAACCUCAACAAGAACCCCAGGUUCCGGGGUUACGACUUCCAGGAGGAGGCGAUCUCUUUCGAUUUGCCGAGAACUCUGGCCCUGAGCAACAUUGCGGUCCGAAUCCUUCGCACCGACUACGACCACCUGUCCUGUCAGAGUCAGACCUACCAGCCUCACGGCAAGGAGCCGGAAGAGAAACCACCCGCCGGCGACGCCGACCCAGAGAGCGAGGGCGGGGACUGCAAACCGGUCGCCUCGGAGGAAGAAGAGAAAGCGGCGCCCGAUGAUGUCACUGCGGCGGAGGAGGAGGCGACAAAAUCCGAGGAGAGGAAGAGCGUUCUGAGUGCUGCGCCGCCGGGGGACGAUGUGACCGAACAAGAGGAGAAGACGGCGAAUGAGGCGGAGAGGAAGAGCGAGAGUCCAGGGGGAGACGGCACUGAAGGUCCCUCCCCAACCCCGACACUGAACGAGCAGGAAAUGCUGGAGGACGACGUGGUGGAUUUACGUCAGUUCACGAGUCUGGGCGGAGUCUAUUAUUUUGAUGUCCUUGUUCUGCCGCCACAGUGUAAGCAAGUGAACGGCUGGAGCAUGGUGCAGCUGGUGUCAGGUGGUCUGCGGUGGUUCCCGUUUCCUCAGGAGCCCCUCCUCUCCUCCAGUCUGGGGGUCUCGCUCCAGGAGAAGGACAUGGAGGGUCUGAUGUCUCCGGUUGGAAUCACCUUUAAAGUUCUGAACAACGUGAUCUUCUUCGAGGAACCUCAGGUGGCUCGAUGGGACCCAGAAAGCGGGAACUGGAAGACGGACGCGAUCGCCAAGACGAAAUACGACGCAGAGAGGCGCGAGCUGAGCUUCAGGACGGGCGCCUUCUCCACCUUCACCCUCAUCCAGGAGUCUCACCUACACAUGCCCUACGAGUCCUGGGAGCUGACCCCCAAGGGCGACAAUGAGGUGUCCCUGACUAUCACCUCCGCCUUCACCGACAUCCAGAUCGACAUCAAGGAUGAGCAGUGCCGGCUGGCGUCCGUGUCCAGCGUUGACGGUGACCUGUCUGACAUCAUCGGGCGGUGGAUGACUCCUCUGCGUCUCAAGACCGCGAUGGAAAGGGUCGGGCUGAAUGUUCCUGCAGAGGAUUCCGGGAAAUACGUCAGCGUCAAUAAAAAGAGCGAACAAGCGGAGAAAAUGGCGUACAAGGAAAUGGCGCUUCUGUCGCCUUCAUUU